AUGCAGCACGUCGGGCACGGCACAGCUUGCCGGCCGCCGCCGCUCAACGCAGCGUCAGAGCGCGCGCGGCACCGCAGCCCGCGCGCACAGUCGGUGCGCUGCCAGUCGCGCAGGCAGUCCUUAUGGAUUCUGUGCCCGCCGGCGCAGCCGAUAAGCGAGUGCGUCUCGCCGCUCUCGAUCGGCAACAGGCAGGCGCAGCACUGGGUCACCGACCCGGGGUUAACAGACGCCGUGGCCAACUGUCAUGUCGGUAGCCGCCCUGCACCGCUCGCUGCUGGAGCGCGGUUGAUCGCGGCGCCGACGCCGCGGCGGCGCCAGCUGCAUCCGCGCAAAAAAAACAAACAAAACAAACGCGAGGUCAUGCUGACCAAGCUCCUCUUGUAG